UAUUUUCACAAUCACACCAUAAAUAGUCUAUAUAUUAUUUUAGGUAGAAUUGUAAAGUGAUUUUAAUUAUUGAUUAUUAUUUAUAUAUAAAAAGUGGUAGAAUUGAGUGCCGAAAAUGUCGAGUUUAGUGAAACUGGUGCCAGUGGAUCGCCUCAAAUAUUUAACCAAAAUCAAUUUUGUUCAAAUCGAUGACUUCGUAUUUCGACUACACUAUAGGUUCACAUUUAUUGGUCUCUUGGUGGCCAGGUGCUGGACAGGAUGUUAGACAACAACUUCUGGAGAACUUUUGUUGGGUUGAGGGAACAUUCACUCUACCAAAAGCUCUCCUAAAAGCUAUUGACAAAGAAGUACCGGCGCCGGGUGUCGAACAGUUCUAUGAAAAGGAUGAAGUUCUUCCACAUUCAUACUAUCAAUGGGUGUGUGUCGUGCUAUUCCUGCAAUCACUUUGUUUUUAUAUCACAAGAGCUCUUUGGAAGGGAUGGGAAAGAGGCCGAAUAAAGAACUUAAUGAAUGACUUGAAUAAAGUUAUUCUCAAAGAAGAAGAGAAGACCGGCAAACGGGAUUCUCUGGUCACUCAGUUGGUGGACAGUAGGGGCAAAAACAACGCCUACGCCUUCCGCUAUUUUAUUUGCGAAGUCGUCAACUUUUUUAAUGUCAUCAUUCAAAUGGUUUUCAUCAAUUGGUUUUUGGGCGGAGAGUUCUCUAAAUAUGGGAUCAAUGUCUUCAAUUAUAUCGAUAGAGACCCAAAUGUCUCAGAGGAUCCCAUGUCCAGAGUGUUCCCGAAGCUAACCAAAUGUACUUUCAGACAAUACGGUCCAUCGGGUGAUAUCAAACGUUUCGAUAAUCUGUGUCUUCUUCCGCAAAAUAUCCUCAACGAAAAGCUUUACAUUAUUCUCUGGUUUUGGUUGUAUGUUUUGGUGAUUGCAUCUGGAAUUAUGCUUUUCCUCAAAGCCGUUAUUAUUUACUGCAUAGACUUCAUCAUUUGGGUAAACAUCCAACCAAAAUAUUUUGAUACAAUUCUAAGUCGUUGUGGUUAUGGAGAUUGGUUUGUGUUAUAUUUGUUGGGUAAAAACUUGGAUACAAUGCAUUAUCGUGAUGUCAUCAUUGAAUUAAGCAAAAAAUUAGAUGAAUUGCCAACAAAUCGUUUUGAAGAUGAAUUUGAUUCCUCUGAAAGCAAAGUCUAAAUUAACAUUUAUUUGAAUUUAUUUUGUCUCAUAUUAUACUUUGUUUUAACAAUAUUUGAAUGUUUAAUUAAACUAGUUAAUAUUACAAUUUAUUGGAUGUACUCUAUUCUACCC